AUGAAAGAGUUGCUUUCAUCUCAACAUCACUCUGCCCCAUUCUACCUCUUUCUAUCACCCCGCCCCAUUCUCCCUCUUUCCAUCACCCCGCCCCAUUCUCCCGAUUUCCAUCACCCCGCCCCAUUCUCUCGCCUCUUUCCAUCACCCCGCCCCAUUCUCCCGCUUUCCAUCACUCCGCCCCAUUCUCCCGCUUUCCAUGACCCCGCCCCAUUCUCCCGCUUUCCAUCACCCCCCCCCCAUUCUCCAACUUUCCAUCACCCCGCCCCAUUCUCCCGCUUUCCAUCAACCCGACCCAUUCUCCCGCUUUCCAUCACCCCGCCCCAUUCUCCCUCUUUCGAUCACCCGCCCCAUUCUCCCGCUUUCCUUCACCCCGCCCCAUUCUUUCGCCUCUUUCCAUCACCCCGCCCCAUUCUCCUGCUUUCCAUCACCCCGCCCCAUUCUCCCGCUUUCCAUCACCCCGCCCCAUUCUCCAGCUUUCCAUCACCCUGCCCCAUUCUCCCUCUUUCCAUCACCCUUCCCCAUUCUCCCUCUAUCCAUCACCCCGCCCAAUUCUCCCGCUUUCCAUCACCCCGUCCCAUUCUCCCGCUUUCCAUCACCUCGCCCCAUUCUUUUGCGUUCCAUCACCCCACCCCAUCCUCCCCUCUUUCCAUCAUCCCGCCCCAUUCUCCUGAUUUCUAUCACCCCGCCCCAUUCUCCCUCUUUCCAUCACCCCGCCCCAUUCUCCCGCUUUCCAUCACCCCGCCCCAUUCUCCCUCUUUCAGUCACCCCGCCCCAUUCUCUCGCUUUCCAUCACCCCACCCCGUUCUCCCGCUUUCCAUCACCCCGCCCCAUUUUCCCGCUUUCCAUCACCCCGCCCCAUUCUCCUGCUUUCCAUCACCCCGCCCCAUUCUCCCUCAUUCCAUCACCCCGCCCCAUUCUCUCGCUUUCCAUCACCCCACCCCAUUCUCCCGCUUUUCAUCACCCCGCCCCAUUCUCCCACUUUCCAUCACCCCGUCCCAUUCUCCCUCUUUCCAUCACCCCGCUCCAUUCUCCCGCUUUCCAUCACCCCGCCCUAUUCUCCCUCUUUCCAUCACCCCUCCCUAUUCUCCCUCUUUCCAUCACCCCGCCCUAUUCUCCCGCUUUCCAUCACCCCGCCCCAUUCUCCCGCUUUCCAUCACCCCGCCCCAUUCUCCCGCUUUCCAUCACCCCGCCCCAUUCUCCCGCUUUCCAUCACGCCGCCCCAUUCUCCCGCUUUGCAUCACCCCGCCCCAUUCUCCUGCUUUCCAUCACCCCGCCCCAUUCUCCCGCUUUCCAUCACCCCUCCCCAUUCUCCCUCUUUCCAUCACCCCGCCCCAUUGUCCUGCUUCCCAUCACCCCGCCCCAUUCUUCCGCUUUCCAUCACCCCGCCCCAUUCUCCCUCUUUCCAUCACCCCGCCCCAUUCUCCCGCUUUCCAUCUCCCCACCCUAUUCUCCUGCUUUCCAUCACCCCGUCCCAUUCUCCUGCCUCUUUCCAUCACCCCGCCCCAAUCUCCCGCUUUCCAUCACCGCGCCCCAUUCUCCCGCUUUCCAUCACCCCGCCCCCAUUCUCCCGCUUCCCAUCACCCCGCCCCGUUCUCCCACUUUCCAUCAUCCCGCCCCAUUCUCCAGCAUUCCAUCACCGCGCCCCAUUCUCCUGCUUUCCAUCACCCCGCCCCAUUCUCCCUCUUUCCAUCACCCCGCCCCAUUCUCCCGCUUUCCAUCACCCCGCCCCAUUCUCCUGCUUUCCAUUACCCCGCCCCAUUCUCCCGGUUUCCAUCACCCCGCCCCAUUCUCCCUCUUUCCAUCACCCCGUCCCAUUCUCCUGCCUCUUUCUAUCACCCCGCCCCAUUCUCCCUCUUUCCAUCACCCCGCCCCAUUCUCCCGAUUUCCAUCACCCCGCCCCAUUCUCUCGCCUCUUUCCAUCACCCCGCCCCAUUCUCCCGCUUUCCAUCACUCCGCCCCAUUCUCCCGCUUUCCAUCACCCCGCCCCAUUCUCCCGCUUUCCAUCACCCCGCCCCAUUCUCCAACUUUCCAUCACCCCGCCCCAUUCUCCCGCUUUCCAUCAACCCGACCCAUUCUCCCGCUUUCCAUUACCCCGCCCCAUUCUCCCUCUUUCGAUCACCCGCCCCAUUCUCCCGCUUUCCUUCACCCGGCCCCAUUCUUUCGCCUCUUUCCAUCACCCCGCCCCAUUCUCCUGCUUUCCAUCACCCCGCCCCAUUCUCCCGCUUUCCAUCACCCCGCCCCAUUCUCCAGCUUUCCAUCACCCCGCCCCAUUCUCCCUCUUUCCAUCACCCUUCCCCAUUCUCCCUCUAUCCAUCACCCCACCUAAUUCUCCCGCUUUCCAUCACCCCGUCCCAUUCUCCCGCUUUCCAUCACCCCGCCCCAUUCUUUUGCGUUCCAUCACCCCACCCUUUCCUCCCCUCUUUCCAUCACCCCGCCCCAUUCUCCCGAUUUCUAUCACCCCGCCCCAUUCUCCCUCUUUCCAUCACCCCGCUCCAUUCUCCCGCUUUCCAUCACCCCGCCCUAUUCUCCCUCUUUCCAUCACCCCUCCCUAUUCUCCCUCUUUCCAUCACCCCGCCCUAUUCUCCCGCUUUCCAUCACCCCGCCCCAUUCUCCCGCUUUCCAUCACCCCGCCCCAUUCUCCCGCUUUCCAUCACCCCGCCCCAUUCUCCCGCUUUCCAUCACCCCGCCCCAUUCUCCCGCUUUCCAUCACCCCGCCCCAUUCUCCCUCUUUCCAUCACCCCGCCCCAUUCUCCCGCUUUCCAUCACCCCGCCCCAUUCUUUUGCGUUCCAUCACCCCACCCCAUCCUCCCCUCUUUCCAUCACCCCGCCCCAUUCUCCCGAUUUCUAACACCCCGCCCCAUUCUCCCUUUUUCCAUCACCCCGCCCCAUUCUCCCGCUUUCCAUCACCCCGCCCCAUUCUCCUUCUUUCAAUCACCCUGCCCCAUUCUCUCGCUUUCCAUCAUCCCGCCCCGUUCUCCCGCUUUCCAUCACCCCGCCCCAUUUUCGCGCUUUCCAUCACCCCGCCCCAUUCUCCUGCUUUCCAUCACCCCGCCCAUUCUCCCUCAUUCCAUCACCCCGCCCCAUUCUCUCGCUUUCCAUCACCCCGCCCCAUUCUCCCGCUUUUCAUCACCCCGCCCCAUUCUCCCGCAUUCCAUCACCCCGUCCCAUUCUCCCUCUUUCCAUCACCCCGCUCCAUUCUCCCGCUUUCCAUCACCCCGCCCUAUUCUCCCUCUUUCCAUCACCCCUCCCUAUUCUCCCUCUUUCCAUCACCCCGCCCUAUUCUCCCGCUUUCCAUCACCCCGCCCCAUUCUCCCGCUUUCCAUCACCCCGCCCCAUUCUCCCGCUUUCCAUCACCCCGCCCCAUUCUCCCGCUUUCCAUCACCCCGCCCCAUUCUCCCGCUUUCCAUCACCCCGCCCCAUUCUCCCUCUUUCCAUCACCCCGCCCCGUUCUCCCGCUUUCCAUCACCCCGCUCCGUUCUCCCGCUUUCCAUCACCCCGACCCAUUCUCCCCCUUUCCAUCAACCCGCCACAUUCUCCCGCUUUCCAUCACCGCGCCCCAUUCUCCCUCUUUCCAUCACCCCGCCCCGUUGUCCCGCUUUCCAUCACCCCGCCCCAUUCUCCCUCUUUCCAUCACCCCGCCCCAUUCUCCCUCUUUCCAUCAGCCGCCCCAUUCUCCCGCUUUCCAUCACCCCGCCUCAGUCUCCCGAUUCCCAUCAACCCGCCCCAUUCUCCCGCUUUCCAUCACCCCGCCCCAUUCUCCCUCUUUCCAUCACCCCGCCCCAUUCUCCCUGUUUCCAUCACCCCGCCCCAUUCUCCCGAUUUCCAUCACCCCUCCCCAUUCUCCCGCUUUCCAUCACCCCGCCCCAUUCUCCCGCUUUCCAUCACUCCACCCCAUUCUCCCGCUUUCCAUCACCCCGCCCCAUUCUCCCGCUUUCCAUCACCCUGCCCCAUUCUCCCGCUUCCCAUCACCUCGGCCCAUUCUCCCGCUUUCCAUCACCCCGCCCCAUUCUCCCACUUUCCAUCACCCCGCCCCAUUCUCCCUCCUUCCAUCACCCCGCCUCAUUCUCCCGCUUUCCAUCACCCCGCCCCAUUCUCCCGCUUUCCAUAACCCCGCCGCAUUCUCCCGCUUUCCAUCACCCAGCCACAUUCUCCCACUUUCCGUCAGCCCGCCCCAUUCUCCCUCCUUCCAUCGCCCUGCCCCAUUCUCCCUCCUUCCAUCAUCCCGCCCCAUUCUCCCUCCUUCCAUCACCUCGCCCCAUUUUCCCGCUUUCUAUCAGCCCGCCCAUUCCACCGCUUUCCAUCACCCCGCCCCAUUCUCCAGCUUUCCAUAACCCGCCCCAUUCUCCCGCUUUCCAUCACCCCGCCCCAUUCUCCCGCUUUCCAUCACCCCACCCCAUUCUCCCGCUUUCCAUCACCCCACCCCAUAUUCCCGCUUUCCAUCACCCCGCCCCAUUCUCCAGCUUUCCAUCAGCCGCCCCAUUCUCCCGCUUUCCAUCACCCCGCCCCAUUCUCCCGCUUUCCAUCACCCCACCCCAUUCUCCCGCUUUCCAUCACCCCACCCCAUAUUCCCGCUUUCCAUCACCCCGCCCCAUUCUCCAGCUUCCCAUCAACCCGCCCCAUUCUCCCGCUUUCCAUCACCCCGCCCCAUUCUACCACUUUCCAUCACCUCGCCCCUUUCUCCCGCUUUCCAUCACCCUGCCCCAUUCUCCCACUUUCCAUCAACCUGCCCCAUUCUCCCGCUUUCCAUCACCCUGCCCGAUUCUCCCUCCUUCCAUCACCCCACCCCAUUCUCCCGCUUUCCAUCACCCCGCCUUAUUCUCCUGCUCUCCAUCACCCCGCACCAUUCGCCCGCUUUCCAUCACCCCUCCCCAUUCUCCUGCUUUCCAUCACCCCGCCCCAUUCUCCCUCCUUCCAUGA